ACCGCUACCACCGCCUGGGCGCUCGUGAGCGUCCGAACGCCUCGCGCGCCGCGGCGGCUCGUCGCGCGCGACGCGGCGCUGGACCUGGCGGCGUCCGAGGAGCUCUUCGCGAAUUACUACGACCAAGCGCCGGAGCCGCAGCGGUCGACGUACGCCAAGGCGUGGUCGAUCGUCGAGGCGACGUUCGCGGCCGCGGGCGGCGACGCCAUGGCGCUCGACGCCUCCGCGUUCGGCGGCGCGCUGGCGAGCUUCACGACGCCCGGCCCGAGCGAGGCGCAGCUCGAGGCCAUGCCCGCCGAGGCCGCGGCGAUCAUGCGCAAGCUGAGCGACACGGCGGCGUCGUACUACCGCGUAACGUCCCCGGACCUCGACUGGGGCACGUGCUACCGCACGCUCAACCGCGAGGUCGGCGCGUUCUUCGGCGGCUUCCAGCUCUGGCCGAGCGCGCGCACGGACGUGCCGAACCUCACGCUCUACUUCGGGUCCGGGUCCCCGGCGAACCCGGACGAGCUCUUCAUGCGCCUCGAGUGCGUGCCGCGGCGCGACGUCGCGAUCGACGCGGCCUACGCGGAGGCGUACUACGCGCCCUUCACGUCCACGUGCCUCGAGCUCAUGACGGGCGACGACCGCUUCCGGCCCUACGUCUCCGACUCGCCCUACGCGCGGGGCUGCCUCGCGCCCUCGGGCGUCCGCGUCUUCUUCGACGGCGCCGACCAGUGUCGCGCCGACGGCGACGCGCUCGCGCGCGCCGAGGCCGCGGCCCUCGAGCUCGGCGGCCUCUGGCGGGACCAGCUCGCCGCCGCGGCGCCCCUCGACGCCGAGGCGUCGGCGGCCAUGGCGGCCCGCGACGCGAAAAUUCGCCGCGUCGCCGCGGACUCGUCCCCGGACAACGCGAACCGCGCGCUCGUCUACGGCGACGACCUCUUCGCCCAGACCAAGGACCUCCUCGCGGGCGCGGGCGGCGCGCGCUAA